AUGACAGAAAAUAGGAAUGGAAUAGUCAGAAUCAGCAAUUUUCCACAGAAAGUAUUGGGAGACGUUGUUUGCUGUAGUCUGACAGAAGUUAAAACAAAAGUGAUAAAGCAAGAUGAAUUUGGUACUUUGGAAAGUGUGAAAUCUGCCAGUGAACUCUUCUCCCCACUAUUAGAAGUAGCUGUAAUUAAUGAAGAAAUAGUUGCAGAAAAUCUAGGGUUUGUCAACACAUCUUAUGAAGAUGGUUGGCUGAUAAAGAUGACACUUAGUAAUUCCUCAGAACUAGAUGACCUAAUGAGUGAAGAAGAAUCUAAGAAAUCUGUGAAAUCUUUUGAGGAGAAAAAGUGA